CCCCUGUCCCCGGACCCAAUCAGCCCGCUGACUCACCUGGGGACGCUGCCGUCCGGACACGAUGCAGCACGGACGGGUGGAUGGGACAGGAGACUGAACUCAGGGUUUCAAGGCUGUCAGUUACUGGGAACAUCAGCAGAUCUAGGACGAGAAGCCCACGCAGACCAGAGUGUCACCAUCCUGCACGCCAAGGUCGCUCAGAAGUCCUACGGCAAUGAGAAAAGGUUCUUCUGCCCUCCUCCUUGUGUUUACAUCACUGGUCAUGGAUGGAAAGUCACGCAGGACCAUUUAAAAGCGGCCGGUUAUGGCGACUCUGUGUAUCGAGUGUGUGGUUACAUGUGCCUGGACAGCUCCAGCCAGUCACAGGCAGACGCAUUCAAACUGGUGUUCGAUGAACAGCCAAACUCCAGGAUGUUCGCUUGCGCCAAGUCGCUGUUCAUCUCUGAUCAGGACAAGAGGAAGCAUUUCUGCUUGCUGCUGCGCCUCUUCUUGAACAACAGACAGGAAGUGGGUUCUUUCCAGAGCCGGAUGAUCAAAGUCAUCUCCAAACCCUCCCAGAAGAGACAGUCCAUGAAGAACGCUGAUCUGUGUAUCUCAUCCUGCUCCAGGGUGGCUUUGUUUAACCGUUUACGCUCUCAGACCGUCAGCACUCGUUACCUCUCGGUGGACAGAGGAGCUUUCAUAGCGAGCGCCAGACACUGGACGGCCUUCACCAUCACCAUGGUAGAUGACCAGUGUGCUGAGCAAGGAGGCUUUGUGCUGAGCGAAGGCUUCAUCUGUUACGGCUGUGUGGUCCAGCUAGUGUGCACCGAGUCUGGAGCAGCUCUGCCACCCAUGGUGAUCCGAAAGGUCAACAAGCAGCACGCCAUCUUAGACGUGGACGAGCCCGUUUCUCAGCUCCACAAGUGCGCCUUUCAGUUCAGAGACAACCCUCACGCCUAUCUGUGUCUAACCAACGACGCCAUCAUAGAGUACCAGGCCCCGUUCAGCGUCAGAGAUCCCAGCAAAGUGGUGCUGAAUGACGGGUCCUGUUGGACCAUCAUCGGGGUGGAAGUCGUAGAGUUCACCUUCAAUCAGGGUCUAGCUUGUAUCACGACACCAGUUAGCCCAUUUCCUGUUGUCACUGGGUUAGAGGUGAAUGGUGGAGGGCACGUCGCCAUGCUGGAAAUUCACGGAGAAAACUUCACUCCUCAUCUCAAAGUCUGGUUUGGCAACGGCGAAGCAGAGACCAUGUACAAGUCUCCCAAAUCUCUGCUCUGCGUCGUUCCCGAUGUUUCGGUUUUCAGCGACGGCUGGCGCUGUCUGCGGCGCGUCAUCACCGUCCCUCUGUCUCUCGUCCGACUGGAUGGACUGAUUUAUCGCACCUCCUACAGUUUCACCUACACGCCUGAGCUCCAGCCGCCCCCGUCGGCCCGAAUGACAGCCGGAGGAGGGAAGAGAGAAGGAGGGAUGGGUGGAGGACAAGACGAUGACAUCCUGUUGGAGACCAUCCAUCAGGAGUUCACCAGAGCCAAUUUUCACCUCUUCAUGCAGAGUUAGUUCGUUUGUUCACAGGAAUCACAGAAAUCAAAGUGUACAAAUAGCUGAACUGGAGACAGGUGUGACAUCAUAAUUACCUUCCUUCCAUCUGCUCUGCACAUUAAAAUUAAAGCGUUUUCUUCAAGCU